CGUACGCCUGGACGAAUCGUAUACCACUGCUCGCCUUUCACUUCUUCAUAGGCCCUCUGCCCCAGCCUUUCACACUGCUCGUCUAGCCGCUUUCUCUCCAACCCUCCCUGCAUUCGGCGAUCCUCACGGCUCGUAGUAUUGGCCCUUUCACGCUGCAGCGCGGCCAUCUCAACCAUCUACGCGCCGAGCUCUCUGUUGGCUACACCUCAGAUUACGUCGGGCGUGCCUGUCUCCUACUUCCUCCCGCAUAGUCUGUACUCGCUCCAUCUGCUCGCACCUGCAGCCCGUGGUUCUGCGCCCUCUCACUACUCACCCAGAAGCGCGGUUACAUGCAGCGUGCGCGCUGCAACGCCAACCAGGGUCCCGAACGCGGCAGUGCGUGCUAAGCGCACGAGAGCUGCGAGAGAGCAUCGGUGGCCGCACAAGGGACACAGGUGUGACUUCACUUGAUUUAGCGCGCAUGUCUGGCAACGCAAAAUGUCCACUGGUCAACUGUCGCGGCAGAGGUCUCACUCGACCAGGUCUUCCACUUCCAAGCAUUCGGGCGCAGUGAGACAAACGCCUCCACCUUCGAGCCUCACGCCGGAGAAUAGAGAUACAGAGUUCGAGCCAUGUGCUGCAACAGCGUCGUUUCUGCUGUAUGCGCAGAGAAGCCAGAUCCUCGUCCUCCAUCAUGAUACCUUGACGAUCGAAAGGCGCUUCGCAUUACACCGAGAAGAUGUGCUAUGGAUUGCUGUCGACAACGUGAGCGACAGAGCCUCGGGUCGGCUCGCUGUGAGCUUCGAUGUGGGCAAGACUGCUAUAGUCUGGGACAUCCUAAGCGGAGGCGAAGUCGCACGAUUCUCUGCGUAUGAGCACAUGCGAGUCGCAAGCUUUAUGCGUAAUGGCAAUAUUGCUUUCGCAAACGAUCAAGGUAACAUCAUCCUGUUCGAACCCUCGACUUCCGAACAUGUCUCCGCGCGAACGAUAUUCGAUCCAAUUACAGCCAUCGCUCCGGCUGCUGACUGCCGAACAUUCGCUAUCGGAUAUCUCAAUGGCUCGAUACUCAUUGCAACAUUGCAGCCUUCUUUCACGAUACUGCACACGCUGAACACGACUCGAUCGCCCGCUCGAAUCACCGAUCUCGCCUGGCAUGGAUCUUCUUCUAAGCAAAAGACAGAUAUGCUAGCAACACAAACUGCAGAUGGUGAUCUGCGAGUAUGGAGCGUCCCGAAAGGGCAGCACGGAGAGGUUCCCAAUAUUAUUCGAGUGCUCCAGCGAGCAGAGGUGCCGCAACGAGGUCCUUGCUGGUUUGCGUGGUCAAAGAAUGGUCGCAUAGUGCAAUACGCAGAUGGUGAGACGCGAUCCUGGGAUGUGCGCACAAAGAAGGUGACUUACGAGAUCAUCCCGACUUGCGACGGGGUCACUGGUAUCACCAAUUAUGGACCUUCCGCAACAUUAUUUGCACUGGGCCGCAAUCAUUCUGUAUACCAAUAUGACAUCAACCCCAGCUCGACUCCGAUGCAGGUAGCCAAUGCACAGCAUGCACCUGCGAACACCCCUCCAACACCACCUACCAUGCUCGAAGAACGCAAGAAUCCUUACGCCGAGUCCUCGAGAUCUUUAAGCAUAGACCAGCAGAUCCCUCUCACGUUUACCGAUGGCGAGAGCAGCGCGGAUGAGAGUGCGGCAAUGUCACCUUUGCAGAAAAUCGCCAAAGAAAUGGACUCGCUCGAUGCUUUGGAAUCAGAGAUUCGCGACAAGGUCAUGCCUCUCAGUCCGCACUCUAGCAGAGCAUCUUCGGUGAGCUCUAAAAGCUCAGGGCGGAGGAGAGAGCGUAAAUAUCUUUACGAUCGACCUGAUUCCUCCAGAGCUUCGUCUGAUGCAGGCUACGAUGGCACUGAGUUUUCGUUCGGACCGCCGCCAAAAGCUGGCCACGAGAGCAUGUCUAUCCGGUCAGUGGCAUCAUCACUACCUUCUGCCUCAGGAGCGCGCCACACAAGACGGUCUUCAAAUCUGCGCAAGGAGAUUUUACGAAGUCCGGAAGAAUCCAAAGAGACCGCACUCGUGGACUUGUUCCCCACAAUUAAAGCUCGACUACGAGAAGUUGCGUUUCGGACGCCACACUACGGCAAUGCUGCGCGAACUCCAGAUCUACUGCUUUCCGAAAUGCUCAGUGUUGUGUUUGGAUGGAACGACGACGUACAGAGUCUCAUCCGAGACGAGAUGUCACGACAUCGGCCCGGUUCCGCUGCAGCCGUGUUACUUGCGAAAUGGCUGGGUGACAUGGGUGCCGACAGUAUGGCCUCGAUGAUUGGCUCUGAAUCCAUGACUUCUUCGGACUGGAUGUUGCUCGCAUUGAGCUCGAUUGGCGCAGACUCGCAAAAGAAGGUGGGCGAGGCGUUCGUCCAACGCCUGCUGGAGAAGGGAGAUAUCCACCCCGCUGUUGCAAUCCUGCUGGGCUUGGGUGAGCACAACGAUGCCAUUGAGGUCUAUGUUUCACAGCAAUAUUGGCUCGAAGCAGUACUCCUGACUUGCUUGACAUCGCCUUCCGACUGGCAACGGAUAUCCUACCUCAUUCGCAAGUGGGGUGAGGUAGCAGUUACUACUGGAUCGCCAGAGUUGGCUGUGCGCUGCUUCUCAUGCACAAGUGUAGAGACUUCCGAGCCGUGGUUCUCACCACGAGCUCAAGAUGCUGUCUACGCUGCCCAGCAAGAGCGCUUUAUGCAGCCGCUAAGUGCUGGCGGCAUGACUAGUCCACCACUCUCGCCACCUUCGCGAUCUGGAUCUGGACGACUUACUGCAAAGAACGCCUCGCUCAAGCUGAUUACAUCAUUCGGAGACUCGGGUGCGCCUGCAGCGGGCAAUGAUGGGACUGCCAAACCACUCCAUACUGCACUUGGCGUGACGCCAAUCGCGCAGUCUGCUCUGUCACCUGGAGGCAUGGCGCCUUGGAAAGCAACCAGGAAUAUGCGCGAACCAUCCACAGCAAGGACUGCAACGCCGGGCGGAUAUCAGGGCCGAAAACGACUUCCAUCACGGGACGAUAUCGCUCGAGCGAAACAAGAGGCCGCCGAAAUGGCAACUCCUUUGACUGCAGCACGAGACAAGAGCUCCAGAGCACCAAGCCUCGCACGUCGGGAUCCAUCUCAGGAGCCCGCGACUGCACUUCGACACGGACAUUACGACGCUACUAGACGAGCUCCGGAUGGAAGUGAAGACCACCUGCCCUCUCCCGCCCAGGGUGUUUUCACUCGGCUCCGAGCAGAAUCCCGUACAUCGAACCGCUCUCGUGAACGCAAACCUGGUGCUUUGCAAGUCGAGAUCGUGGACACCGCUUACACUGACGCUCUUUCGCCAGGACCCAGCACUGAUGCAAGCAGUCGCAGCCGACAGGGUGCUUUCAGCCCCGUUACUGACGGCAGCGUGAAGAGUGGGAGAGGCCGAGCAAUCGAUGCCUAUAUCAGCAGUGUUGAAGAGGCACGUCUCACCGCUCGCGAAGAGCGUGCAUCCUCUAGAGCGCAGAGCAAACACCGAAACCAAAGCCGGAAGCGCGGUGAGAGCCGUUCAGGCAAGUCACGCAGUCGCAUGCGAGAUCAAUCCGAAGGUCCACGCUACAUCAAACCUGCAAAGAGGUCGCCUUCAUCGCCAGUGCCAAUGUCACCUGAGGAGAUAGCUCAAGCCAAUGCGGGAGCACAAAGAGUUGAGCCGGAACCUGCAACCACAGAUGACGAGAACUUUUACAAGAUGAAUGUCACCUCGCCAACCGACUCGCAUCGCAGUGGACGCACGAACCGCAGAUCAGCUGAGAAGCCAGUGAACCGCGCAGAAAGUAAAGCUGCUCUGAUCGGUGGCCUGGCGCCUCUGCAACUCGGAGGCGACCGAGGUAGGAGCCAGAAUCGCGAGAUUGAGCCUCCACUCAGGUCGCCAUCGCUACCGACCUUGUCCUCGAGACGCUUUGGCGACACAGAGGAUGAGGCCAAGAGUGAGGCACAAGGCUUCCGCAUGCGUUCCCACAGCAUCAGCCGCCAACCAGCUGAAGACCUGCAGUCACGUAGACUGGCGAAUCGCGCUCACCCGGAGAGAUCCAGUAGCCGCAGGCCCAGCGUACAAGGUGAACAGAUUAUCGUCAACUCCUCUGACAUGUCUGGCACUAGCGCUCCAGGAGGCGUUCCUUUGAAUGCAUCUGAGUCCUCAGCAUCCGUGAGUGGACAGCCUCGUGCUCGAACAAUGACCAGGAAGCAAAUUGCCGCACAGGAGCUCGAGGCAAGACGACGUUCGCUGGCAAGGAGACCGUCCGCCCCGGCGAUCCCAUUGCCUGGAGACUUGCUGUCUGCUGGUCGGCCGCCAAUGCCACCUCGACAUCACACGGAUCUCGGUGGGAGUCCAACAUCGUUCAAUGCGCCAUUUUCAAGAAGCCACACUGUGGAUCCCGAUGCUAUGGCACGUUACAACAACCAGAGCAAGAUUACAGGAACGUCUACUCCGUCUGCUCCUAUUGGACUCCCGGCAACCCCUCGUGCAAUGAGGCACCCGCGCUAUAUGAGCAGCGAUCCCAGCGAACGGGAUGGCGAGCCUCCAGUGCCCAAGAUCCCUGGGCAGUACAGUGAACUGUCAUCUUUGGGCAGCAGUCUCAGUCAAGUCACCGGCUCGGCAUUGAGUCAGAUGUCUUCCUCCGAUCAACACCAGUCACAAAUAUCUUCUCAGCAGCCCUCGACACUUUCCGAAGUCAGUGACUCAGUGGGACCACUUCUACCAGCGACGGUAUUUGGUCAGAAAGGGCAAUCUGUGCCUUCACGCUCUGCUUCCGCUCCGCCAGAGAAGCAAGCAUUUGUGCACCCACUUUACAAGCCAGCGCUACCUUCAUCAAACCGACGUCUGUCAAAUACACAAAGCCAUAUUCGUAAAAUCUCUCCUCCGGAUGUGGGCAUCAGGAUGGACGAACAGCCUACUAGUAUCGAUGCUGCACUCUACGAGGAUGAUCAAGUCAUCAUAAUUCCUGAGUCGGACGCCCCCAUACCACCAAUGCUAGCGGAACUACAACAUCUUGCGGGUCCUCCCAUUCCUCCUCCACCGCCGACCAUGUACCACCAUCAGCAUCAACGCAGUGGCUCUGGAGUCAUCAACAUCGCCAUUGAUGGGCAAGGCAGUGACACUCAAGGGCAGUCUUUGCCAAUGCCAAUGGAACGCGCACAGACAGCUUCGCCUUCACAGCAUCGCAAGAACGCGCCAAGCGGCAGCUGGAUGCGUGGCUUCGGCGACCGAAUGCGAAGCAGCUCUAAGUCUCGCACCAAGUCACCUCCUAUGGGAGGCCCAGCACCCUACGAGACUGUUCUUCCACCGAUGCCAGGCUAUGCAGGCCACAUGAGGCGUGAGAGCUUUUCUCAGCGUGCACAAAGCCCUUACGAGCAGGCCAUGGCAGCCCAGAGUCAAGGACAAAUUCCGAUUCCACCACCGCCUCCUCCAGCACCGAUGCAUGGCCAGGACAGCAGUAAGCUGAACGAGACCACGAUCCCUCCCUUCGCAUUGCCCUCCCGCAGCCAGAGCUCGAGCGGAUAUCGCCAUCCGAAAGAGAUUCGAGCGAACAUGCCUCCUGAUACACUCCAGCAAGGCGUCUAUCAUGGCAAUGGCGGCAUGAUCUAAAGCCUGUUCUUCGCGCCGGAGAACUCUCUACGAAUACCAUCACUAUACAUACAUCACGACCUUAACGACUCUUCAUCUUUCAUCAUACCCAUAAAGGCACACAUCGGCACAGACUGGACCUGAAUCGACGACCACAUAAAACAUCAAGCAUUGUCUCGGCAUAUCCACCAGAGGACAUAAUCUAUCGACAUGCCCCAUCCGCAUUACCCACAAGCAUUGAAGAGAAAUUAUUUUGCACAAGCGACGGAGCAGUUUGUGACGCGAAUUCCAGCCGUCUGUUUUUGAUUAUUUGAUAUUCUGCAUCUUAGCCAGCGUAUUGCGUUCGUGACCUUUUCCACAUCUUUGCUCUUUCAGUACCAUCAUUACUACCAUCUUCAUUGUACAGCGCAAAGGAAGGAAGACAACAAUUUUUUACAUUUCUCUGCCAUCAUUAUUCGCGUUUUCUUGUUGUUUCCUGUGUUUGCGAUGCAUGUACUUUCAGCAAGCGAUCUGAUUCAAACGAGCGAAGCAACACUUUCUACUGGCGGAAAUCAAUAAGCAAGAGAAAGAAGGAAAUCUGGACAUGGACAUGAGAAGCCAAAAAUAGGGCUUGAGCGGCAGACCAGAUGGAAAGAAGAUAGAACCCCGAGGGGAUUCGCCUCACGGCACGAAAUGGGAACGGGAAGGCAGGCGUGGUGUUCUUACUAUCGCGGUCAAUGGCGAACAGGACUGGAUUGGAUAGGCGGUGGGUGGAGGGGCUAGUUUUCUUCAACGACAGGAACAAGAGGCGGACAACUGACACGUCACGAGCGUAGAUUGGACGGAAAUAUUAUUCGUGCCAGGGGAAGUGACGGGGUUUAUUGAGAUAGUCCAAUGAAUGAAUGCCUUGGAGAGUCGUAUCAUCACGC